CGCACACGCGCUCCUGCAAAGGGAAGUGAAGAUGCUUCCGUUUCAGAUCCACGGAGCAGCUCCUGAACCCGGCGCUCUGCACCCUGCCGCUGUCUGAGCUCCACACCGGGGCGCGGAGCUCCGGGAGCUGCAGCCGGGAAUGGGUGCUCUUACUCGGGGAAGCUACCUGUCCUCUGCCGGCCUCCUGCUGCUCCUCUGCGGAUCCGUCCUCUGCAAAGCUCCCCGGGGCGAUGCUCAGCCGGACGCCGCUCCCUCGGUGCAGGGGACGCUGCCGCACUUCAUCCAGGAGCCGGAGGACGCCUACAUUGUGAAGAGCAACCCCAUCAAGCUGCGCUGCCGAGCCGCCCCCGCCCUGCAGAUCUUCUUCAAAUGCAACGGGGAGUGGGUGCACCAGAACGAGCACGCCUCCCAGGAGUACAAGGACCUGAACACCGGGCUGAAGGUUCGGGAGGUGAUGAUCAACGUCUCCCGGCAGCAGGUGGAGGACUUCCACGGCCCCGAGGAUUACUGGUGUCUGUGCGUCGCCUGGAGCCACCUCGGGACCUCCAAGAGCCGCAAGGCCACGGUCCGCAUCGCCUACCUGAGGAAAAACUUUGAGCAGGACCCCCAGGGGAAGGAGGUGCCCAUCAACAUGAUGAUCGUUCUGCACUGCCGCCCUCCGGAGGGGGUGCCCGUCGCUGGGGUGGAAUGGCUGAAAAACGACGAGCUGCUGAGCUCUCGGACCGACGACAACAUCGACACGAGAGCCGACCACAACCUGAUCAUCAACGAGGCGCGGCUCUCCGACUCGGGGAACUACACCUGCGUGGCUAGCAACAUCGUGGCCAAGAGACGCAGCGCCACCGCCACCGUCAUCGUGUUCGUGAACGGCGGCUGGUCGCUGUGGACCGAGUGGUCUAACUGUAACGUGCCGUGCGGGCGGGGGGUGCAGAGGAGGUCUCGAACCUGCACUAACCCGGCGCCUCUCAACGGGGGGGCUUUCUGCGAGGGCAUGUCUGUCCAAAAAAUCACCUGCAACGCCCUCUGCCCGGUUGACGGAGGCUGGGACGAGUGGAGCGAGUGGACGGUGUGCAGCAGUCAGUGUGAGAAGCAGCGCAGCCGGGAGUGCACCUCCCCGCCCCCCCGUCACCGGGGGAGAAGCUGCGAGGGGAACACCGAGGCCACGGAGAACUGCACCGACGGACUGUGCACUCAGAAUCGAAAGCUGCUUCACGAUGUUAAACCUCAAAGUAUGGACAGCUCCAACGACGUGGCUCUGUACUCGGGCCUCGGGGCCGGCAUCAUCACAGUGGCCAUCCUGGUGGUGGCGGUGAUGUUGUACAGGAAGAACCACAGCGAGUACGGUGUCGACGUCAUCGACUCCUCCGCACUCACUGGGGGCUUCCAGUCCUUCAACUUCAAGACCACCAGACAAGGGAACCCUCUGCUGCUGAACUCCUCCAUGCCUCCGGACCUGACGGUGGGCCGGCCCUACAGCACCCCCCUCUGCUUCCAGGACGCCGCCGACAAGGAGCUGUUCGACCCGCUGCCGGACAUCAAGGUCAAAGUGCAGAGCUCCUUCAUGGUGUCGCUGGGCGUGGCCGAGCGGGCCGAGUUCCGAGCCAAAGCCCCCCCCGCCGACACCUUCCCGCGGGACCCGAGCUGCGACUACAGCGGCACCGCGGACCGGCGCAAGAAGGGCCUGCUGACGCUGAACGGGCCCCUCAGCACGGGGAAGCAGCUGAGGACCAGCGGCGUGUUCGGGCCCACCGGGGGCCGCCUGGUGGUGCCCAACUCCGGGGUCCGUCUGCUGGUGCCUCACGGAGCCGUGGCUGAGAACACGUCCUGCGAGAUGUACAUGGUGAUCAAUCACGGGGAGGCAAGUGUGGAGACGCUAGAAGGCUGUGAGAUCCUCCUGGGCCCCGAGGUGACGUACGGUCCUCCGGGCCUCGACUUCUCCUGCCCGGUGGCCAUGACCAUUGCUCACUGCGCCGAACCCGACCCGGAGAACUGGAGCAUCACGCUGAAGAGGAAAACCCAGGACAGCAAAUGGGAGGAAGUGAUGUCGGUGGAGGAUGAGUCCACUUCCUGUUACUGCCUGCUGGACUCGGCGAGCGUCCACCUGCUCCUGGAUCAGCCGGGUUCGUACGCCCUGGUGGGCGAGCCGCUGACGCAGGCCGCCGUCAAGAGGCUGAAGCUGGCUGUGUUCGGGGGCCUGGAGGCCGGGGGGGCCACGAGCUACAGCCUGAGGGUCUACUGUGUGGAUGACACGCCACACGCCUUUCAGGGAGUGGUGUCGGCAGAGAGGAGCCAAGGGGGGCAGCUCCUUGAGGAGCCGAAGACGUUGCCUUUCCUGGCGAACACCUUCAGCCUCCAGGUGUCCAUCCAGGAUGUUCCCCAGUUCCUGUGGAGCAUCAAACCCUUCACCACCUGUCAGGAGUUCUCGUUCCCCUCCGUCUGGUGCAGCAGCCAGCAGCACUGUGCCUUCAGUCUGCAGAGAUUCUCCCCCAACACCUCGCAGCUCUCCUGCAAGAUCAGCGUGCGACAGGUCAAAGGUCACGAGCAGAUCCUGCAGGUCUACACCGCCGUGGCUGAGACGGAGAAGGACCCCGCCCCCUUCUUCCUGCAGACAGACUGCAGCAUCACAUCCCUGUCGGGCCCCGGGGCCUUCAACAUCCCCUCCUCCAUCCGCCAGAGGAUCUGCGCCACCUUCGACACGGCCAACGCCGCGGGCAAGGACUGGCAGCUGCUCGCUCAGAAGCUGCACCUACAGCGGAACCUGGGCUUCUUCUCGCAGCAGAGGAGUCCGUCGGCGGUGAUCCUCAGCCUGUGGGAGGCCCGGCACCAGGACUCGGCUCACCUGGACUCCCUGGCCAGCGCUCUGGAGGAGAUCGGCAAGAUCCACAAAACCUCCCCCCAGGACGAGCCCGAGUCUGACUGCAGCCAGACACAGGGGGGGGGGGAGUGUGUGAGGACAAACUGACACUUAUAUCUGCACACACACACACACACACACACAGCCGGGGAUGGACACGCAGUGCGACCCGAUCCGACAGAGGAGUCUUCGGUAGUCAGACUGUAAACCUGACGUUCCCCUUCCUCUCUAACGUUCCAGCUGCAUCUCUGUGUUCAUCUCACUUUAUUCUUUCUGUUCGAAGAGAUGGGAUAUAUGUUCAUCACACGCAGCUAGAGCGGUGCAGGGAUGUGGUGUUUCUGUGUUGCAACAUCUCCCUGGUCUAAUGUGUGAUUUUGGAUUAAAUAAUCUCUGUGUCAAACAAACGUUUAUGAUUCUUACAGGUGUGGUUCAGCAGGAUAAUCUCCACAUAUUAACACCACUUUAUGAUUUCUGAAGUAAAAAGGUAACUAUAGAGGAACUACAGCACGGUCACAUGACUUCACGUCACCACCGCUAAGCUAAAGGAGGCUAAUGUUGGGCUAUAAAGGAACUACAGCACGGUCACAUGACUUCACGUCACCACCGCUAAGCUAAAGGAGGCUAAUGUUGGGCUAUAAAGGAACUACAGCACGGUCACAUGACUUCACGUCACCACCGCUAAGCUAAAGGAGGCUAAUGUUGGGCUAUAAAGGAACUACAGCACGGUCACAUGACUUCACGUCACCACCGCUAAGCUAAAGGAGGCUAAUGUUGGGCUAUAA